AAAGAUACUACUGUUCUUGAGUGCUCUCUGUGUUCAACGAAAUGCGUGCAGAUCUUCUGUGAAGAUUUGUUUUCCAAAUUAGUGUACGUGCUACAUUUAAUUCUACCUCAAGUUAGUUCCAGGUGUUUCUGGACUCUAGAAUCCUUGCGGGUGAGGAAGGGGAUUUUUCUAGAGCGGGAAAUGAAUUCGAGCUCCAUGCUUAUUGCUUCCACCGCCGCGGUUAGCAUCAAUCAUCUGGGGUUGGGACUGAGAAGAAACAAUUUGCAUAGUUGCAGUAGAGGAUCAAAAACAGUUGCUUACUAUGGCCUCAGAAACCCUCCUUACAAACUUGAUGCACUAGAACCAUACAUGAGUCAAAAAACACUUGAAGUCCAUUGGGGCAAGCAUCAUCGGGCUUAUUUAGAAUCACUUAACAAGCAGCUUGAGAAGAAUGACAUACUCUAUGGGUGUACCAUGGAUGAGCUAAUCCGGGUGACAUAUAACAACGGCAAUCCUUUACCUGAAUUCAAUAAUGCGGCACAGGUAUGGAAUCAUGACUUCUUCUGGGACUCUAUGCAACCUGGUGGGGGUGAGCCACCCACUCUGGGUCUGCUCCAACAGAUAGAAAAGGAUUUCGAGUCAUUCGCCAAUUUUAAAGAGAAAUUCAUCGAAGCAGCCCUGACUUCAUUUGGAUCUGGAUGGGUGUGGUUAGUUUUGAAGCGAGAGAAAAAAUGCCUCGAGAUCGUUAAAACAUCAAAUGCAGUCAAUCCUCUCGUGUGGAACGACAUUCCAAUUAUCUGUCUGGAUAUGUGGGAGCAUGCUUAUUAUUUGGAUUAUCAGAAUGAUAAAGCCAAGUAUGUCGACGCAUUCAUGAACCACCUCGUCUCAUGGAAUGCUGCAGCUGCACGAAUGGCGCGCGCCCAGGCUUUUGUGAAUUUAGGCGAGCCCAAAAUUCCUGUGGCAUGAACCAAAUGCACCCACCCCCUCCUCCCCAUCUUCUCCAUGAGGAUAUUUAUUAUUGAGAGAAAAAGGAAAAACUAGUAAGAUGCUGAAAACUCUCUCAUUUCUUUAGAAAUGAUCUACCUGGUAAUGCCUUUGCCUCAACUUGGUAAUUUUAUUAUCACAGCUUUUUAUGCCAAUAGUUAUUUAAUUUAAUAUUUGUAGGAGAAACUUGUUCAUUUUUAUUGUAACAGUAGAAAAGGAAAUUACAUAGAUCUGUAAUGUGUUUAGUUUGCUAUAAGAAAUACUAGUAAUAAUCUAUGCUGAAGGGUUUGUUUGGUUGCGGUAAAUAAGUUCUGGAUUUUAAUUUUUGUUUAAA